AUAACACCAGUCUAACUCCAAGUCUAAGUGCUUUCACUGCAGUUCAUGGGAGUGUUUCAGAAAUUGUACUCUACCUUCCGGAACUGCUAGAUACAUUCUGUUGGUUACAAAUCCUGGAAUAGAGGCUAGUAAGGUACCUUGAAGUCGACUUCAAUUAGAAUUAAAUUUAGAGUAGCCCCUGGGGCUGCAGAGGUUGCUCUUGGGUCAGCUCCCAGUACCUAUGUUGUAGGGGAUCCGCACCUCAAGUGCACGAUCACACACAUAAAUAAAAAUAAUAUAAAAUAACGGAGGGAGGAGAGUCGGAACUUGGUAUAGUAAGUUCCCACCCGGACUCAAUUUUCAAGCCUCAGGAAGUGGGGGCUGUGUGAUUCCAGUCGCCGGAAGUGCUGUUUCUGUGUUCCUGGUUGAGUUUGUUUGCCUCCGCGCGAUGGUAGCAACACCUUUGCUUCAAAUUCAGCUAGUCCAAUUAGUUGGAAAAAUAUAUUAAUCAGAACUUCAUCUUCUGGAACAAGACUCUGAAUAGAGACCAAUAUGCUUCACUUCAUCCAGAAAUUUUCUGCAGCCUCUUCAAAGAUGCUGAAGUACCCUUCUAUAGUGAGACCCAGAGCCAACAGAAUAGAUGUAUUUUCUUCCAAGACAUCUGUUCAGCAGAACCUUUCCCCUUUGUCUCCAAGGAGUUGGCUUCCCACAUCAUUUCAAGUGUGUAUGAAGAAUAUACAAUGCUACCAUGCAUCACCGUGCAACUUUAAAAGACAUCAGAAGGAAGCAUUCCUUCCCUCCAAGCCACCAAGCACCAUCACUUACCUACCUGAUAGCCCAAAGCCAGCAUUAUAUAUAAGCUUGGUGGGGUUAAUCCCCUUUAUUGCUCCACCACUCACUAUGGUCAUAACAAAGUCUUACAUCCCCAUACUAGCUUUUACUCAGAUGGCUUAUGGAGCUGGUUUCCUAGCUUUCUUGGGAGGGGUCAGAUGGGGUUUUGCUCUGCCAGAAAGUAGUCCAGCCAAACCAGACUACAUUAAUUUAGCUAGCAGUAUGAGUCCUGUUCUAUUUUCAUGGGUAGCCAUCCUCUUUUCUGAAAGACUCACUGAAGCCAUAGUCACAGUAAUAAUGGGUUUAGGGAUAGCAUUACAUAAUGAAAUUUUCCUCUUGCCACAUUAUCCCAACUGGUUCAAAGCCUUGAGGUUAGUAAGUACUUUAGUGGCUUUUUUCUCAUUUGUAGUCACUUUAAUACUUAAAAGUGUUUAUCCAGAAAAAGGGCCCAAGAGAUUUUAGUCAAGUAGAAAUAUAAAACUCCUUUGCUAUGGAAUAAUCCUUCUGUACACUCUGAAGAUGUGUUCCUCUCAUUGCUAAUAAAAAAGCUCAUUGGCCAAUGGCAAGGCA